AUGCCUCGCAAAGCCAUUGACUCGCGCAUCCCGGCGCUCAUCCGCAAUGGCAUCCAGGAGAGGAAGCGCAGUUUCAUUGUGGUGGUGGGCGAUCGCGCCAAAGACGUUAUUGUCCACCUGCACUAUAUCAUGGCCUCGGUCGACGUCAAGCAGAACAAGUCGGUGCUAUGGGCUUACAAGAAAGACCUUCUAGGCUUUACAUCCCACCGGAAGAAGCGAGAGACCAAGAUCAGGAAGGAGGUCAAGCGAGGCAUCCGAGACGCCAAUACGGAAGAUCCCUUCGAACUGUUCGUGACCCUGCACAACAUCCGAUACGUCUACUACAAGGAGACGGAUAAGAUUCUCGGGAACACGUAUGGCAUGUGCAUUCUACAAGACUUCGAGGCUAUCACGCCCAAUUUGCUGGCGCGCACUGUGGAAACGGUCGAGGGCGGCGGACUGGUGUUGCUUCUGCUCAAAGGCAUGAAGAGCCUGAAACAGCUCUAUACAAUGUCCAUGGAUGUCCACUCAAGGUAUCGCACAGAGGCGCAUGACGAUGUCGUGGCGAGGUUCAACGAGAGGUUCAUCCUGUCGCUCGGUGUCUGUGAGUCGUGCCUGGUUGUGGAUGACGAGAUGAAUGUCCUGCCUAUAUCAGGAGGGAAGAACAUACAACCUUUGCCACCGCCGGCUACUGAGGUGGACCGUGUUCGGCCGGAGCAGAAGGAGUUGAAGGAGAUCAAAGACAGCUUAGCUGAAAGCAAGCCUGUCGGGCCCCUUGUUGCACUCUCAAGAACCGUGGACCAGGCAAAGGCUCUUCUCACUUUCGUUGAUGCCAUCUCAGAGAAAACUCUACGGAGCACAGUCACUCUGACAGCCGCUCGGGGGCGUGGAAAAUCUGCUGCUCUUGGUGUUGCUGUGGCUGCCGCAAUAGCUCAUGGCUAUAGCAACAUCUUCAUCACUUCUCCCAGUCCUGAGAAUCUCAAGACACUAUUCGAAUUCGUCGUGAAAGGAUUCGAUACCCUCGAGUAUAUGGACCACGUCGACUACACCAUCCUGCAGUCGACCAACCCAGAGUACAACAAAGCCAUUGUGCGAAUCAAUGUCCACAGACAACAUCGGCAGACUAUCCAGUACAUUCAACCUCAAGACGCCCAUGUUCUUGGCCAGGCAGAGUUGGUAGUCAUCGAUGAAGCAGCCGCUAUCCCUCUACCGCUGGUUCGAAAGCUAAUGGGACCAUACCUCGUCUUUAUGGCUUCCACGAUCAAUGGUUAUGAGGGCACGGGUCGAUCACUCUCCCUCAAGCUCAUCCAGCAGCUUCGCGAACAGUCAAGAGGCGCUCCCAGUGUCAACGGAGACGACGUCGAAGUCGCUGACAAAAACACACGCAAAGCGGCCAAAGACGGCCAAAAGGUUUACUCGGGUGGCCGCUCUCUCCGUGAGAUCACCCUCGCAGAACCAAUUCGAUACGCUGCCGGUGAUAGCGUCGAAAAGUGGCUGAACAGACUACUCUGCCUAGACGCCACGCUGCCCAAAUCGAAAGUGAAUACUCAAGGCACGCCUCACCCGUCAACGUGCGAACUUGUACAGGUAAAUCGCGACACUUUGUUCUCCUUCCACCCGGUGUCGGAGAAGUUCCUGCAACAGAUGAUGGCCCUGUACGUCGCAUCGCACUACAAGAAUUCGCCCAACGACCUGCAACUCAUGUCGGAUGCGCCUGCGCAUCAACUCUUCGUCCUAAUCCCGCCCAUCCCCGAGGACGCGAAUAAGCUCCCCGAGCCGCUGUGCGUCAUUCAAGUCGCUCUCGAAGGGCGCAUAAGCAAAAAGUCCGUCCUGAACAGUUUAUCUCGCGGGCAAAGAGCCGGUGGGGACUUGAUCCCCUGGUUGGUGAGCCAACAAUUCCAGGAUAGCGAAUUCGCCGGGCUUUCCGGCAGUCGAGUUGUCAGGAUUGCCACAAACCCAGAGUACCUCAACAUGGGCUACGGGUCGCGCGCGCUUGAACUCCUGACUCAUUUCUACGAAGGAAAAUUCACCUCGCUGUCCGAAAUUGACGAAACCACCAUCGAAGACACAGAGCACAGUAUGACCCGGGUCACAGACACGGAGCUCGAGUCUACAACUCUGCUGGCAGAUGAUAUCAAAGUGCGAGACAUCCACAGUAUGCCGCCUCUGUUCAGCAAACUCUCAGAGCGCAAGCCCGACCAACUGGACUACAUUGGCGUGUCAUACGGCCUAACCCAGCCUUUACACAAAUUCUGGAAACGCCACGCCUUUGCGCCUGUCUACCUUCGACAAACGCCCAACGAAUUGACUGGCGAGCACUCAUGCGUGAUGCUUCGCCCGCUCUCAAGCUCCACCGCGACAGACAAUUCCUGGCUGAGUGCCUAUGCGCUGGAUUUCCACCGCCGGUUCCUGACCCUGCUGAGCUACCAGUUCCGCACGUUCGCGAGCGUGCAAGCGCUGAGUAUUUCCGAAAGUGCGACCCGUGCGACGAAAUCCACAGACGGGGCCUCUACGACUGCAGAUCCCGUGCAACCGCUCUCGAAACGUGAUCUUGACAACUUAUUCUCGCCGUUCGACCUUGCGAGGCUGGAAUCCUACGCAAACAACCUGCUCGAUUACCACGUCGUGUUGGACCUCCUGCCCGCACUGGCGCAGCUGUAUUUCACAGGCCGCCUGAAAGCACCGCCCUGUAACGUGGCCCUGAGCGGUGUCCAGCAGAGUAUCUUGCUGGCCAUCGGUCUGCAGAGGAAAGACGUGAGUGAUGUGCAGCAGGAACUCAACCUGCCGAGUAACCAGCUGUUGGCCAUGUUCGUCAAGGUCAUGAGGAAGAUAAGCACCGCGCUAAGGGCUGUGGUGGGCGGGGACGUCGAGAUGAGUCUACGUGGGAAUGCCGACGACGAUGGAGCGCAAGUGCCAAUGGCAGUGCCGGAUCCACACCUGCAAAGCACGAAUACCAAAAGGGUGACUAUCAAGGCCACAGCACCAGAUCCCGCCGAGCAAGACGGCAGCCACGAGGAGGAAGAUGAACACGAGGAAACCGACCCGGCAAUCAAGGAGAAGCAGCGCGCCUUGAUCGACGCGUUGCCGCUUGAUAGGUACGAAAUCUCCCGCACCGCAGCCGACGACGACUUGGCAUGGGACCAAGCCGAGCGCCAAGUCCGCGAGGCAGGUACAGGGGCAGGGGCCAGCACCGUCGUCAGCGUGAAGAGCUCUCGAGACAAAGUCAAGAAGCGGAGACUCAAUGACGACGAACAAGACGGCGACGCGAACUUGAAUGGUCGCGCUUCCGAUGACGAUGGCGGUGCCUCGAGAGGAGAGAAGCGAAGGGAUAAGAAAGCGCGGGGGGCAGAUGGGGACAGGAAGAGGAAGGCCGGGAGAGACGAGGAGGGGAGGAGAAAGGCGAAGACUAUGGCGAAGACCAUGGCGAAGGUGUGA